CUCGGACACGCCGUUGAUGGCUUCCGCAGUGGAACUUGAACGCGCCGUCCCUAGUAGUGCAACGGUUUUGUCUUACCGCAGCGGCCAUCAAAAUUUAUAUUUCUGUGUUGGAAGCCGGAUGAGAGGACCUCUUCGUGGUCCAGAGAUUUGGCCGGGCAUUACUAUUCCUUUGAGCCAGUUGUGCCAGUUGUGCCAGGCUGGAGCCAAACACACAAUAUUAUAUCUCAGUUCCACCCUGCCCUGACAGCACCAUCACAUCACUCACAUAAGCUUGCAUAGACCCAAAAUCAUCAGGUACAACCGAGGCUGGGCACCAGAGCUUUCAGAAAGCAGGCCACAUCUUUAUCCAAAGACCCCGAAAGACUUCGCUUAUUGCUUGACCAGUCUCGUUUCUCCAAGAGGAACCCAGACGGCACAUGCACGGCACAGCAUCACUUACACCCCCCGGUCGAAUAGGUGUGCUUCCUCUCAUGGGCAAUGCAACGCCCUUCUGCAGUUUAUUAUUUCUCUUUUCUUUCUUGUAGAUGUGACUGCUACCCACACGAGGCACGACGUGCUUAUCCUGCUGCUCAUCUUUUCUUUCUCGUGUCCCGACAACUACCUGGGUUGCUUGCCGGCCAUGCCCCGGAUGUCAUAUUGACGAUCUUUACCUUUUUACUCCGUCCCCUGUUGCUUACACUGCUCCUGAGCAAGUGGUGGGCAUUAGCAACCGCUCCACAGUGAUCUUAGCAUUGCCCCAGUUUCUAUCUUUUCUCUCUCCUUUCCAGGACAGCUUCCUUGCUCAGACUCGGGAUAACUGCCGUGGCCUUUUCUCACUAAAAGGAAGGGGACCACUCCCUUUGGCCUCCCUCCCCUCCAUCUUGUCAGAUCAACAUUUCAAGAUGUUUGAAUACGUCGAGUUUCCGAUCCUCCCGAUCGUCAAAACCCAUCUCAUCAUCAACUGUGUACUAGCCGUCAUAACUUUGGUGAUCCUUGGGCUGAGACUCUUUGCUCGCUUCCUGACGGGAGCUGGCCUGUGGUGGGAUGACUACCUCAUUCUGUUUGCCGUCCCUCAGGGCAUGGCCAUGGUAGUGAUUCAGGGCCUUUGGGCACCGAUGGGUGUAGGAUAUCCAAUGGCCGAGACCGCUCCAAAUAUCGAACACAUCCUGAAGAUGCUCGUCUCAUACGAACUGAUCUAUGCGACAUCCAUCAGCACCAUCAAGCUCAGCGUCCUCAUCUUUUACCUCCGUGUCUUCGUCAACAAAACGAUGCGCAUGGCCACCAAGGGCGUCAUCAUUUUUGUUUGUCUCUGGUCUGUUGGGAAUAUACUGCAGGUGUUUCUGAUUUGUCGUCCUUUUGCCGCCAUCUACACCGUCGCUCUGAUGCCAACAGCGCAAUGUGGUGACCAAGUCGGGUCUUUUAUUGCCAUUGGCGCGUUCAACAUCAUCACCGACGUGUUGAUCCUGACGCUCCCGAUUCCAACAGUGUGGACUCUGAAGACCUCCAAGGGCAAGAAGAUCGCCCUGACAGCCGUCUUCUUGGUUGGUUUACUCGUCAGCGUGGUCGCCAUGAUCCGCAUCGUAACCCUCACCCAGCUCGACCUCGUCAACCUGACCGAAUCCAUGGUCUGGGCCGACUUCUGGUCCGCGACCGAGCCCAACCUCGGCAUCUUCUGCGUCAGCCUCCCCAUGCUCGGCACCCUCUGGACCCGCUAUUUUUCUCGCAAGAGCCCCUCCAAGCUCGACCCGUAUCACUCCUCUGAGAACGGCACCAACGGCACCAACGGGUUCAGCAAGCUGAAGAACAGCUCCAACCCCGGCACCGACACGAUCGUGAUGGAAGAUUUGUACGCACCGAACAAGGAGGUGUAUCACAAGACGGACGUUGCUGCUACCACGCCGGAUGGGGAUAGGGCGGGGACGCCGCUGAGGGCGAAUAGCUCCGAGGAGGCGCUCACGAUGCAAGUGGGGGAUCAUCGGAACUAUCAUAGGCAGCCGGAGGGGAUUAGGGUGCAGACGAAGUGGACUAUUUCGGUUGAUUAGAAUGGUGUACAACAGCUUUUUUACCUGCCUACACAUACAUCUACGGGCACAGUUUCUUGUUUGUUGGCUUACGGCUUUCAUUAGAUACGGAUUAUUGGAUUGGAGUGCAAAUUCUUCAUGUACAUCACCAUAUUUGGAGACUCAUAUUUUUCUUUUUGCGUUUUGGGAGGAGGGGGACACGAAUAUAUGAGUGAGGUGGGAAAAACAAGGCUCGGGAAAAAGCAAAUCAGUUAGAUACGGCUACCUACGGAUACCUACUACUAGAGAAAUCAAUCACAUUAAAGACAACAAACACUCAGCUAUUCAGCGUCUGCUUUCACGGAG